GAGCGCCUUCCUUGACUCUCAAAUGCCUCCCGUGUUUCCAUCUCUGCUGAGUGAGCUUGGCGGCGCUGACUACCCGGGAGGAGGGACGGACGCAGCUCAGUGGUCUCAGACCACGCCGCCUCCAUGUGGUUGCUGACUGGGACCCAGGAGGGAACCGGCUUGGGGCGCGGCCUAGAUCUCCCCCCUCCCCGCCUCCCAGGCGGCGGGGCUGGCGAUGUGGAGACGUGAGGGGACCCGCGGCUGCCCCGGGUUCUCCAGGACUCCACCAGGCGCCCGCGCUUUGCUCCGCACCCGGGGCGAGAGAGACCCGGGCGGGGCUCCGUGGUGGGCGGACGGGCGGGCGACGAUCAGAGCCGGAACCCCAGCCUCGCUAUGGGGCACAACGGCAGCUGGAUCUCCAGGAACGCCAGCGAGCCGCGCAACGCGUCCGGCGCCGAGGCUGGGGGCGCCAACCGCAGCGCGCUCGGGGAGUUGGGCGAGGUGCAGCUGUACCGCCAGUUCACCACCACCGUGCAGGUCGUCAUCUUCAUAGGCUCUCUGCUCGGAAACUUCAUGGUGUUAUGGUCAACUUGCCGCACAACCGUGUUCAAAUCUGUCACCAACAGGUUCAUUAAAAACCUGGCCUGCUCUGGGAUUUGUGCCAGCCUGGUGUGUGUGCCUUUUGACAUCAUCCUUAGCACUAGUCCUCACUGUUGCUGGUGGAUCUACACCAUGCUCUUCUGCAAGGUCGUCAAAUUUUUGCACAAAGUCUUCUGCUCCGUGACUAUCCUCAGCUUCCCUGCCAUUGCCUUGGACAGGUACUACUCAGUUCUUUAUCCGCUGGAGAGAAAGAUAUCUGACGCCAAGUCCCGUGAACUGGUGAUGUACAUCUGGGCCCAUGCCGUGGUGGCCAGCAUUCCUGUGUUCGCAGUGACCAAUGUGGCCGACAUCUAUGCCAUGUCCACCUGCACUGAAGUCUGGAGCAACUCGUUGGGCCACCUGGUCUACGUGCUGAUCUAUAACAUCACUACCGUCAUCGUGCCCGUGGCUGUGGUCUUCCUCUUCUUGAUACUGAUCCGACGGGCCCUGAGCGCUAGCCAGAAGAAGAAGGUCAUCAUAGCAGCUCUCCGGACCCCACAGAACACCAUCUCUAUCCCCUAUGCCUCCCAGCGGGAGGCAGAGCUGCACGCCACCCUGCUCUCCAUGGUGAUGGUCUUCAUCUUAUGCAGUGUGCCCUACGCCACCCUGGUUGUCUACCAGACUGUGCUCAACGUCCCCGACACGUCUGUCUUCUUGCUGCUCACUGCCAUUUGGCUGCCCAAAGUCUCUCUGCUGGCGAACCCUGUGCUCUUUCUUACUGUGAACAAAUCCGUCCGCAAGUGCUUGGUAGGCACGUUGAUACAGCUGCAUCACCGGUACAGUCGCCGUAAUGUGGUGGGCGCAGCUGGUGGGGUGGCUGACGCCAGCCUGGAGCCCAGCCUGCGUUCGGGCAGCCAGCUCCUGGAGAUGUUCCACAUUGGGCAGCAGCAGAUCUUUAAGCCCACGGAGGAUGAGGAAGAGAGUGAAGCCAAGUACACUGGCUCAGCCGACCUCCAGGCCAAGGAGAUACUUAGCACCUGCCUGGAGGGAGAGGGGGAGCCCCAGUCUGCGCCUCCUAGGCCGCUCCUGGGCGCGGCGGACUCUCUAUCCCAGGUGGCGCCAGCGGCCCCCGCAGAACCUGAAACAUUGCCCGACAAGUAUUCUCUGCAGUUUGGCUUUGGGCCUUUCGAGUUGCCUCCCCAGUGGCUCUCGGAGACCCGAAACAGCAAGAAGCGGCUGCUUCCCCCCUUGGGUAACACCCCAGAGGAGCUUAUUCAGACAAAGAUGCCCAAGGUAGGCAGGGUGGAGCGGAAGAUGAGCAGAAACAAUAAAGUGAGCAUUUUCCCGAAGGUGGAUUCCUAGUAAGGGUUGUAAAUCCCUGGAAGCAGCAGGGAGCUCCCGCACCCCUGCCCUCCCUUCACUCUGGCCGGCCCUGCGAUUUGUGUGAUCUCAUUGCAGCCAACUACGGGUUGACUCCUCCUGUGUGGGCCAAAUGCUUUUGGAAUGAGAGGGAAACCUAUACAAAAUCAAUUGUCCUCUUUAUUGAGGGAGUAUAUAUAUUUAUCUCAGUGAUGUGUGUCCUUGGUAUAAAGUUGGCGUUCCUCUCUGUGGAGACAAAAGCUGGAUGGUGUGGAAAGGGCCUUGCUUGGAGUGGGCCCUCCAUGUGCAUUUUCUGAGGACCCAGCAGAAAUAUAGGGAGAGAAGAACAUCCGUGAGCUCAAAGGGAGUAGGGGCCUUCUGUGGGAAGCCCAAGAUAAUUAUGGAGGGGUGUGGCCACAAAGAAAAUGCCCAUUUGAUUCACUCAACUAUGACAAGUAUUAAAAAUGUUUAAUAUUGAUCUGUAUCUUCAGGGGAGAUAGGGACUUGGCAUUUGACACCUGAUACCUUUUCUCUAGAAGGCCUGAUCUUUAUGACUCAGUUUCUCCUGAAGCCCUUCGUCUCUUUCACUGGGCUGUAGACAAGGAAUGGCUGUCCCACCCCCAUCUGACAGACAUGGCAACCGCUGUGCCAGGGGGUGAGCAAGGAGAUACUCUCUUGAUUAUCUUGACAUUCUUCUAACAUCACUGAAGCCUCAGAAAAUUAUGUCUGCAGUGUUGGUUGGAAAACAUUACAAGCACUUUGCCAGGUCUUGCCCCAUUAAAUUGCAUUUUUCAACCAAGGGGAGAGAAGCUAAGAGGUAGAGAAGAAAGACAGAAAUGUCCGUACCCUGUAGUCUUCUCUCUUCCGAUGUUGAUCUCGGGUGAAAGGGGCUAUGUCGCAAUCAGUAGAAGUGAAGUGCAUUGAAAAAGAUGAUCUUGUGCAAACUUUCGAGAUUCAGAGGUAAUUUAAAAAUGCAGAGUUAGUAUAAACUGGAUCCUCUGGAAACAUCAAGCUAAAAAUACUUGAUUAGGAAAAGGGGAUUCUGCCCCAAAGAGGGAGAGAAGUCUGACAAAGAUGGCUUCCUUCUGAUGAGGACUCCAGAACCCAGGUGUGGCCAGUCUCGUCUUCAGUCUCUUUGCACAACUAUGGUUCUCCCUGCGUUGUGGACACAAAAGAGGAACGGGACAGGGAGAAAGAUUUAAUCAUUUUAAAUGCCAAGGCAGCACCUAGCCCAGGUGAGCUCUUCACUUCCUCUUUUCCGGCAAAGUUUUAGCAGGAGUCCAAGGGCAUAGAGGAGGAGGAGGACAGUGUCCUCAACAGGUCAGCUUCCUGGGGGCUCUUAUAAGCAAUUCAAGUCCGUUUUGGGGUAGAUUCACCACGCUGAAUUCCAACCACAGGUGACACUCUACUUUUAAUGAGGGCAAAUCAAGUGCCAGCUCCACUGUUCUCUCUAGGACAUUUUGUUCUUGUUAAUAGUAUGUGGGGAGGACCAUCCAGUGCCUUGAGCAAGCUUGAGUGAAAGUAGGCAUUCUCACUGGCAACCUUCCUUCCGAUUCCAAGGGCAGUGGUCCUCACGGAACCCCUCCUUUAACCACACGGGCCCCCUGGCCCUCGGCGGAAGCUCAGACUAUGUGUGGGGAGUUUCUUGUGAUGUCUGGUGUGGUGUGGUGUCUUGUGAUUCCAGAGUAUGAACCCAAAGUCCCUUCCUCGGAAGAGGGAAAUCCUCCCUCUUUGUGUUUUGUCUCCUUGCAGUGUCGUGCGCUCUUAGCACAAACAGGGGACUGCUACAUCCUCUCCGUGUGCCCCCUGCCCCCAGCCCUUUGCAUGCCAUCUAUAGCUUCGUGCCCUGGUAGUUAAUGGUGGCCCUUCAAGCUUAUCAUUCAAAAUCUUCCCAAUCGUUACAAUUUCCACCAAGGAGAAACGUAAUCUGUCAGAAAAUUGUGUCUACUUUGGAAGAAUUGUCAAACGUAGCCACUUUGGUGUUGUUCUGAUAAUAUAUAUGUACAACUAAUGCAUUCGGGUGAGGCACAAUUGGGUAGUUCUUUCUUAUGUAUGUUUGAAGCAGAUGGUUGACUUCUAGCAGGUCAUUGCCAGGUAUAUUUCUAUAGUCUUUGAAGAAUUACAUUUUAAUAAAAAACUGAAAAGUCGUUUCUGAACUCAAAAAAAGUUUAAUGAGCUA